CUGUGUACUUUGUGUUUCACUCCGGGCUCAAUAUCUAGACACACUCUUCGCCAGCUGGUUUCUAACAGUGCGGACCGACGUGUAUAUUAAUUUUAAUAUUUGGCAUGCUUUAUUUUUCCCAUCGGAAAAUCAUAUCAACUCGUGUUUAUUACAAUAUAGGAUUUUAAGAAAAAAUGGCAACCGUCGAGGAACUGAAGCUGCGAAUCCGUGAGUUAGAAAAUGAACUAAUUAAAUCCAAACAGAAGCAAAGUGAUGCUGAACAUCAUCUCAGACCAAAGAUUGAUCAAAUGAGUGCUGAAGUCGUAGACUCAAAUCCAUACAGUCGUCUGAUGGCACUCAAAAGGAUGGGCAUAGUUCAAGACUACGAGAAAAUCCGCUCAUAUGUUGUGGCAGUGGUGGGAGUUGGAGGAGUGGGGAGUGUCACUGCAGAAAUGCUCACCAGAUGUGGCAUUGGAAAGUUGCUGUUGUUUGACUAUGAUAAGGUGGAGUUGGCCAACAUGAACCGACUCUUCUUCCAGCCACAUCAGGCAGGGCUCAGUAAAGUUGAGGCUGCUGAACACACUCUUAGGAACAUUAAUCCAGAUGUUGCUUUUGAGACCCACAAUUACAACAUCACCACAAUGGACAACUUCACGCAUUUCCUGAACCGCAUUAGUCACGGAGGACUUGAGGAGGGGAAGCCUGUGGAUUUGGUCCUCAGCUGUGUUGAAGCAUGUAAUGAGUUGGGUCAGAUUUGGAUGGAGUCAGGCGUCAGUGAAAAUGCCGUUUCUGGACACAUUCAGCUCAUCAUCCCUGGAGAAACUGCUUGUUUUGCUUGUGCACCUCCCCUCAUAGUGGCUGCAAAUAUCGACGAGAAGACGUUGAAAAGGGACGGGGUUUGUGCUGCCAGUCUGCCCACCACAAUGGGAGUGGUCGCCGGGCUCCUUGUGCAGAAUGUCCUGAAGUAUCUGUUGGGGUUUGGGACAGUGAGUUAUUACCUGGGCUAUAAUGCCAUGCAGGAUUUCUUCCCAAGCAUGGCAAUGAAGGCCAACCCACAGUGUGACGACAGACACUGCAGACGACAACAGGACGAGUACAAGAAAAAAGAAGCAGAGCAGCCAAAGCAGGAAGUGGUACAGGAAGAAGAGGAAGUGGUGCAUGAGGACAAUGAAUGGGGCAUUGAGCUUGUUUCAGAGGUGUCAGAGGCAGAGCUACAGGAUGCAUCAGGACCGGUACCAGAUCUGCCGGAGGGCAUUACUGUAGCCUACACCAUACCUGAGAAAGGUGGAGCAUCAGGGGAGACGGUGGAGGAAACAGAUCAGAGUUUAGAAGAGCUGAUGGCUCAGAUGAGAAAGAUGUAAGGGAACAACAAGCAAGAGGAAAAUGACAUCCUUGAACUCAGAAAAAACUCUCCCACAUACACUAAAGACAAACUUAUUAUUAUUUAGUACUUAUAUACAUGUAACAUCUGAGGUCUCAUACUACAUGAGUUUGGAUUUAGUUUUUUUAUUCUGUUUUUGCAGGCAGCGUGUAACACUCAAGAUAUACAGGUUUACUUCAACUGAAAGUCUUAAUACUGCUGAUCUUUGAUUUUCACAGUGUUAAUGUUUCAGAGUUGUCAUGGAAUGGUUAAUAAGAACCAAUCUGAAAGAUUGUUUUUAAAUAGCUGUUGUUACCAGCUAUGUGACGGAAAUGGAUACGUCGUCUAAAUAUGUUAUUGCUAUAUACUGAAUGUGGUCGUAGACACCCAGCCAGAUGUUAUAAAGAACAUCACACAAAUAUUUCUGAUAUCUCAUCAUUGGCUUGAUUCUGACUGCUGUAUUGAAUGGUAUAACAUUGUAAUAAUGCAAAUGAAAAAAUAAAUUUGUUGUUACAUUCCAUAUUGCUUUUCCUGCAUUUAAACUAGUAGAUCCAUCUAAAGAAGACUUAGCAAUAGUUGUGAAAUCUGUUUUCCUCUGCAUGGAGUAAAAACCUCUACAACUGUAAUUUUCAUUCAAUUAUGCAUUUAUUGGUAGAUAAUACACAAUAUUUUGUGCAUGGACCAUGUGCAUUAGAAGAAUUUGGGUAUAAAGUACACCUCUUUUGGCAGUGUAUAAAAGUCCUGGCACAAAUUGUAUGACAACAAUGUGAUGUAAUACAAGCAAUAAUGGAAGUUUAGAGUAAAUUAUUAAAAUAUUAGCAUGUUCUCCCAGAAUCUAACAGUUCAAAGAUGAUUUUUCUACAAAAAUUAGGCACAUUACACUGAUUCUGCUUUAGCACCUUUCCAAAUAGUUUUUUAACACCCAUAAGUAUUUGCAGACAUUCAGAAAUUGUUGCAUUUGCAAAUGCAAAGUUUGGCAUUUCCACUAUUUUGCAUCCAUUUAGUAUUUUAUAUUCCUUCAUUAUACAUGUCUCUCUAAAUAAACAGGUAGCCAUCAGAACCAGACACGUGCGAUAUGGCAAGGUAUUUCACAUUCACAAUUCAAAAUGUAAAAAAAAAAA